AUGUUUAUUCCUCAAAGAUUAAUUGUUCAUUAUCAUCAUUGUUCUAUAAAUAAUAUUGGUGAUAUUUUUAUAGAUUAUAUAAACGUUCAAUUAUUUUUCCUCAAAAAUUUUUUUAAUUGUUCUUUAAUACAAUUCGUGGAAGAAAUACAUCCUUAUAGUAACAAUGGAUCUUACCCUUACGCUUUUAAUACAUUAGAAGGAAACGUUUUACAUGAUACGGAAAUUAUUGAUUAUAUGAAAAAUAUUUAUUUAUUUGACUUGGCUGAUUAUGAAAUGUAUAUUGGGUUAAUAAAUGAGCUUAAUAUAAUAUUGAUAUAUUAUUUGUGGGUUGAUGAUAAUAUUUAUAAUAACUUUACAAAAAAAAUAUAUAAAGAUAGGUUUUUUUAUUUAUACUAUAUUUAUUUAAUAAGAAAAUUAAGGAAGGAAAAUUUAGAAAAAUGCCAAAUGAGAGGAUUAGAUAACCAUAAAUUGAAUAUAACAAGGUUGAAAACAAUACUAAAUAUAUUAGAUGAAACUAUAGGUAAUAGCGUUAAUUCAACAAAUAGAAGUGAUAUUUGUUAUUUCCAUUCUGUAUGCUUUUCUGUAUUAUCAAUAUUUUAUUCUAUACCUUCUAAAUUUAACAAAGAAUUGCAAGCCGUUUUAAUAUCAAGGCCUAAUUUGAUAGAAUUUGUUAAAAAUAUAAAUAAUAAGUAUAAAAUUUGGAAAAAUGAGAAGGUUUUUCUCUCAGGUAUUAAUGAUGUCUUCUUCAAAAGUAUGUAG